AUGCCACCCCAAGCAAGAUCAAUCUCGUCCUAUUUCAAGCCCACCACCGUCGUAGCUGCUGCAUCAGCAUCAGCAUCGACAGCGACUGCAGCCACUCCAGACAAAAAGAAAAGCACUUUGAGCGAAGCUGCCAAGCGGGCCAUCCAGGAAGGCGCUCUAGCCGCGACUACCGACGGCGAUGGAAGUUCGAAAGAGAACAAUCUGGGUGAACCAUCGGCUAAGAGGCAAAAGGUGGAUAGUAGUCCCUCAGGACCUAAAGUAGCAGAUAUCUUCCUAAAAUCCUCACCAUCCAAAUCCACUGUUUCUCCAUCGACUUCGAGGAUAGGUUCAGUAGCAAGAUCGAAGACACGGGAAGAGCUGAGAGAAAAGAUAGCAGCCAACCCUCAAUGGUUGGCCAAAUUGAGUUUAGAAAUUGAUACUAUGGGUGAAGAUUGGUUGUUGGCUUUACAGGAUGAAUUGACAAAAUCCUAUUUCCUCAAUUUGAAAGAGUUUGUUACGAAUGAACAGAAGACGAAGAAAGUGUUUCCUCCAGCCGAAGAUAUCUACUCUUGGUCCCGGUUCUGCCCUUUGAAGGACAUAAGAGUGGUCAUAAUAGGUCAAGAUCCUUAUCAUGAUGAUGGACAAGCACACGGCCUAGCAUUCUCAGUCCGAAAAGGAGUAAGGAUCCCACCUUCCCUUCGAAAUAUGUAUAAAGAGAUGCAUGACGAAAUACCUGAAUUCGUCAUACCGAAACAUGGUGAUCUCACUGAAUGGGCUAAACAUGGUGUAUUACUUCUGAAUACUUCUCUGACCGUCAGAGCGCACGAGGCCGGAUCACACGCCAACAAAGGAUGGGAUACAUUUACGGCGGCCGUACUGAAAGUAGUCACAUCCCGACUCGCACCUGGCCCCUCACUCUCGGCUGCAUCAGACGAUAAAGUCCCAGGAGCGAAGGGAGUGGUAUUUAUGGCUUGGGGUGCGCAUGCAGCCAAGAUGUGUGCGGGAGUAGAUAAAACCAAACAUCUCAUCCUGAAAUCAGCUCAUCCAUCACCUCUCUCAGCGAGUCGAGGGUUCUUCGGCAACAACCAUUUCAAAAAGGCAAACGAAUGGUUACAACUUAAAUAUGGUCCAGAGGGCGGUAUCGAUUGGAAAGCUCUUGGUGCAGGUGAAGGCGGAUCUGCAUAA